AUGCCUCCUCGGGAAGUGUGGACCCCAGAAAGGAGCAAGUCGCCUCAUUGGAUAGAGGAUGAAAUGAUCAAUGAAAUGAUCAACGGCGGAUUUCUCUUGGAAGAAAUUCCGGAAGAGGAAGGAGACGAAACGAUUCCGGCCAUCGCCGUAUGUUUCAUUUCUUGCAAAAAAAGAUAUUAAUUUUUAAAACAAUUGAAAAAAAGGUUCAAAAAAAACUAGCUUUAGAAGGAGAGAAUUUUUUUGUUGGAUUGUAUUUUUAAAAGUAAUUCUAAAACGUUCCAACUGUACUACAAGGCUUCAUAAGCUGAAUAUAUUUUUUGAGCCGUUUCAAAUCAAAAAGAUUGCAAUUUUUUUCAUAUAAGCGUCCAUGGAAAUCAAUAUUACUUAAAUUUAUUAUUGAAAGUUAACUGGAAACUUAGAUAUAGAUUUUGUAAAAACUUUUCCCGAUGCUCUCAUUGAUUGGAAUCACAGAACUUUAAUUCAGGAGGAAGAAGAACACAGAGUCGAGAUUUACGUUUACCAGAAUUUUUUGGAUCUCCAAAGGAACCCAAGGCCCGAUGUGGCGCCGCCUCGUAGAGAUCCAAGUCCCGUCCGAAGAGUAUGUUUUAUUUGUUAAAUGGAAUUACGGAAUGGGAUUUUGUCCGAAGAAAAAAACCUUGGAAUAAGAAAAAUGUUUACGUCAAUGAUUCUGUAUUAAUAUCCCUCUAUGAGACUUUUUAAUAUUUUUUUUCUUCGAACUUUUUAUAUGUUAGAUUUUUUUAGCGCCCCUGAAUUAAUGUAACGCAGUUCAAAAAAACAAAAAAACUACCCCUCGUUUUUUUUUCCAAAAGUUCAGCCGAAGAUUCUUUUUGCGGAGCUUGAAUAUCCGAAAGUAAAAAAACACCAAGGAUAGUUGUAUUCAGAGCUUUUCUCGUUUUGAAAAAGAAUCAAUCAAAGUUUCAAUAUUAAAAACCUAUUACAAAAAUGGAAAAAAACGCAAUAUUAUUUCGCAAACCGGAGAGUUCAGAAUGAACGGAACGCCAUCAACGCAGAUACUCUCGAACGCAGACGCCGAGCUCUACAAGCAGAAGUGAGUGGAUUGACUUAAAUGCAUUAUUUUGAUCAAAACUGAAGAUUGAACUAUAUUUUCAGUUUGCAUGGCAGAACCAAUUGAGGCAAGGUCAGCCGUGGUUUGAAAUACUAGAUGCGGAGGUAUGUUUCUUUUUCAAGAAUAAAUUGAAACAUAAGUUGACAGCGCUUUUUCUUCACAUAUUGACAAAAUUCACGUAUUUAAAACGAUUUUUUUAACUCAGAUAGUAACAGAAUCGACGACUUUUAUUAAUAAAUUAUCGAAGUCAAUUUUAAGGUGCAACGCAUGAACCUGAAUCGUUUUCCACCGCCACAAGUUGAACGUUUCCAUCCUGCGGUAUGUUUGAUAAUCUUUAAAACUGUAAAACAGAAAAAUAAUAAAAAAAGAAUGCUGAGUAUAUGACAGACGAGCUGCAAAAAGACCCGUUAUCUAUCUAAAUUGAUUAAGAAGUUACUUUUUUAUUUUGUUCAUAAAACAAUUCUGAUGAUGGUUAAUUUGAUAAUAUGCUUUUCUUGCGUUUCAUCAUAUUUUAACUUGUUUUUUCGUUCAUGGAUCUUUUUUCAGGUGUAUCAAGCUCAGCCGGAUGCAUUUCAGGAGCAGUUAAGAAAUUGGAUCGACAUUUUUCAGGCGGAGGUGACUUCUUCUUGAUAUUCAUAACUCAGAGAUUGAAUAAUUUUUUCAGAUGCGACAGCAGAACCCGUGGAAUCACCAGGUGUGUUUUGUAAUUUUUGUCAAAGUUUGUUUCAGUACCUGCAAAAAAAUUAAAAAAACUUAUAUGAAAUGCUAAAAAAAUUUGAUUCAUAAAAAAAGUUUAUAUGAAAUUUCGGAAUUUUUUUCAGGAGCCUGUAAACCGUCCAUGGAAUCAAUACGAACAGCAGCCUUUUUGGACAGAGAUUUGGCGUUCAAUCUUCAGAGGUUUGAAUCAAAUUUUUUUUUUAUGAAAAUUAACCACCCAAAGGCUCUCUUUUUAAAAAAAUCAAUGAAUAAUUUCAUAGGCACAGCCCUCGAACCAAGCGACGACACAAUACAGCUCUUGGAGUCAAGAAGUAAGUUUCGAACUAUUCCUGAAACGGGAAUUUGAAGUUUUAUGAGAGAUUUUUUUAAUAAAAAGUGCGAAUUUCCCCAAGAAAAACCUUUGAAAAAUUACUUUCUGCUUUUUCCCGUAAUUUUUUUCUUCUUUUUAAUUUCAAAAUUAACUCAUCAGCUUACCUUCUCAAAAGUUAACAAUGAACUUUUCAGGGAAUGCCACAAAGCUCAACCCAAGAAACGCCGAGAUUUGGUUCAUGGAGUCAAGAUGUAUGUUUCAAACUUUUUUCGGAACUUGGUUGAAAUGGUAUAGUGGAUUUCCGAUAAAAAAUAGAUGAUACCCCUGAGGUACCAUGAAAAAAACCAUUUUUUUCUUCUCAUCAACCAAAUUAAAAUUGUUUUUAUCUUAAUAAAUAUUCAAAUAAAGACUAAGGCCAACUUUCGCGGGCUCGUGUUUUUUUCAUACUCCAUCUGGCGAAAUUCGAAGUUAUUUGAGAAUUCUGAACCUCUUUUACCUAACUCAGUUAUGCUUUUCAAAUUUCCAUAAAAAUAUAAAAAAAAAAAAAAAACCAAGGUAUAUUAACUUUAUUUUUACGAUGGAUUCAUUAUUAAAAUUUUUUUAAAAAAACAUGUAAAAAAAUUCAUUUUCAGGUUGUUUUUUUGAACCUCUCCCUCAACCUGAUUCCGUGCCGCUUUGCCAACAAUGUGGCGGUCUCCAACAAGCUCGUUUUUUUAAUUUCUAACUUAAAAUUUGGAUCACUUGAAAAAAAUCAAUAAAAUGGUUUUUACAGGUACCGCAACAGUGUCCAUAUUCUCCAAACGCACCGCAGAGAGGAUUCCGCUCUUUUGAUUCUGAGGUACGCUUUGAAUUUUAUUGAUAGAAAAGUUUUGAAUUCAAUCAAAGUUGAAAAAAAUUCACACUUUAAGAUAGAAUCAUUUGAAAAUAAUAAAAAAAAUUUUCAGGUACCGCAAAAUGAUUUUUAACCGCCCUCCCCCAUCGCAAAGAAACUUUGGUCCUAUCAAUCCUCAGGUAUGUUUUUUUGGAUUUUUCAUCUGAAAUUCGAAUGAUAAUUCAAAAGCGGAUCAUUUAAAAAAACAAUAAUUAUAUGAUCUGAACUGUAGCAAUAAGCCUUGUUAUCAGAUUCCUUGUCAAAAAAGUGUUGAAGGGGAUUAUUCUAAUUAGAUAACAAUCUGCGACGUUUUACUCGGCUUCAGUAUGUUCUGAAGUGAUUCUACAGUCUCCACGGGGAUCGAAAAAAAUGGAGUAGGAAUCAAAAUGUAUAGACAGCCGUUUUGAUAGAAGUUCUUCAAGGAAAAAAUAAAGUUUCAUUCCAGGGAGUUGCUCAACACCAAGCUAACGACAGAAUGUGGCGUCAACAACCCGUGCGUUUCCACCAAGAAGUUGGUCAUUUUUCACUUUUUUGACUACCCAAAAUUUAUGAAGUUUACUUCUGAUGACAAUUUUUUACAGGGACCUUAUAGACCUCAGCACCAACUUCACGACGGAAGAAAUCAAUUUGGUUUCCAACACGAAGUUAGUUUUAUUUAGCUCUUUUUCUAACAUUUUGAAUCACGAUUACAAGAAAUUGAUUAUUCAAGAAAAUAAAUUUGCAGAUGCUGAGAGAGAACUGGAAUCGUCCGGUCCCGCAGCAGAGAGCGACUGAACCUUGGCAUCAAGAAGUACGUUUUAUUAAUUUUCCGGAAAUUUGGAUGUUACUCGUAAUUUCAUAAACUAAAAUUAGUCAAGUGCCUUCGCAUCAUCGUUGCAAGACUUUUCAAUAGGUCUGUAUUUUCGGUUCGGGUCACAGUCGUCCGAUUAAACCGUACAAUGACGUCAUUCAAAGACGCUCUGUGAAUGGCUUGACCUCUGAUUGGUGUAUAGGGGCGGAGCUUGAACAAACUACAAAUAGUUUUUCAAAAUCUGAAAGACUAUAUUAUCAAUUUUCGGCCUGGCUUCUUCCUUUGGGUAGUCCAUCCCACGCGAUUCGAAAUAAAUCAUUUUUUUCCGUUCUUCAAUUUCCCUAGUUUUAUGAUUUAGUGAAUGAUGAAUAAGUUCUCGCAAGUAAAAAUACGACAAAAAAAUAUCUUUCAAAAAGAGAUGUUUUUACGAUCAUCUACUGAUUUUUUUGACAAAAAAAUUCAUGGUUUCUUUUUCAGCCAAUAUACCCACCACAACAACAUUUUUGGGCAGCAACGGUUCCAACCUCCAUUUGCCGUUCCUCAAGCAGAGGUAUGUUUUUUUCCGUAAAAUCUUCAAUUUAAUAAUUAAAAAAAAUUCAGCUAUACCAACAAAAUCCGCAAUUCGCGACGCCCCCGCCACCGAGAAAUCGCUUUGUCGGUGCAGCGGUAUGUUUUAUCUGUGUCUCGAAAUGAUUUCAAUCAAAAAUUUUAUCGGUUAUAAACAAUCGAGAACUUUCACGAUACUUCUCAAAAAAAUAAAAUCUUUUCUUAAUAUCUCUAAUAUAAAUUGAAAUGAGAUUUUAUAGUUUUAGUUCGACUUUUGGAACACUUUUGGCGCAGUUUGAGUAGGUUAUAGUUAAAAAUGAUGUUUAGUUACAAAAAAAAAAAAAAAGGCUCAUAUAAUUUUUUUCAGCCGCUCUAUCAACCUCAGCAGCGAUUUGAGCAAGGACCUGUUCCACAGCGUUUCGUCGGACCUCAUUUAGGAGUAUGUCUUAUUUCCUUCUUGAUUUCUCAACUGAUAUAAAAAAUAAAAAAAAUCAUUGUUUCAGAUGUGGCAACAAAACGCAAAUUUAGCGUUACCGGACCAACGCGGCUUUCGACAAAUUUUCCGUCCACAUCAGCACAAUUUCGGCGCUCCUCAGCCAGAUGCCAGAAGACAGAGAGGCCAGCAAGCUCAACGGAGGGAAGGGAACCGACGUAACGACGCCGGUAGAAAUGAACGACGUCGUGGAAGAUUUUGA